CGCACAAAGGGCAAAAACACAUUGUUGAGACUCGCAAGUAAGGCAAAUUAAUAUACUCUAAGUCUCUAACGUAUUUUGUUAUUCCUUUCAUUCUUAAAUAAUACAAUAACUAAAGAGAAAACUGUUGGGAUACGAUAUUAAUAUGCCUAAUACGACAAAUGGUUACGUCAUGGAUGAGCCCAAACUCAACACAAGGCAUAUAACCUUGCACCCAACCCCACUUUAAGGAGGCCCUCAAGGCAACGAAACUUUUCCUCCCUUCUUUCAUUAGGACCACACAAGGUCUCUCUCUAAACUCUCUCUACUUUGCAUAUUACACACUCAUAUCUCGUACUAACUUGAGCGUCGAAGUAUAGAUCAUGGGAGUCAUCCCUCCCUCUCUCCACAAGUUCCUCGCCUUCCGAAGAGAUGAAACGAGGAAACCCAUAUCAAAACCUCAAUAAUUAUUGUUAUAAGCUCGGGUACCUCGUAGGUCGAAACCAUAACUAUGAAUACACACUAGUGGGAAGGAAUAAAAUACACAUUAGUUUAUAUUUCGGGGUUGAUCGGUAUUUCAGUAUAUUACCGAUCCCAAUUCGGAAUCCCUAAUACCAAAUAGCACUUGAAAUUCAAUCCCAAUCCUAAAAAUAAUUUGUGCAUUCGGUAAUACCAAAUAUCGAAAAAUUCAAUAUGGUAUUCGGGAUAUCUCAAAUAUCGGUACCAAACUUCUAGCCCUACCCGUUCGGACCACGAACCAGAUUUUCAACUCGUUAAGUCUCGUUUUACAUUUUAAAAAAAAUUUAAUCAUACAUUUUUUUCAAGUAACUGACUAUGAUGACUAUCGAGAUUGACGAAGGUCGUGACUACAGCGACCUCACCGAAAUCUAACAAAGACUCAUCAAUGAAGAAGGGUGUUGUUGAUUUUGUGUUGUUAGGUGUUAUUUAGGUUGUUGGGUUCUUUUGGAGAGAGAAAAGUUUCAAAUGUGUUGAGAGAAUGAGGGUUAUGUUUUGAUUUCUAAGAAUUUUUAAAAUAAAAUAAAUAAAAAAGUAACAAAAUCAUUUCACUAGAUUUUAAGGAGAUAAUCAGGGCUGAUUGAUCCAGAGACAGGGGAGUGGUGCUCUCACUGUUUGGAGGCUGUGUUCACGCCAGGGACGGUUCGUGCAAUCUUGUAGAUCCCGCUUUCUAGGGAGACCAUGUCGGACCGACUUGUUUGGAAAGAGGACCCUUCUGGGGUAUAUACGGUGAAGUCCGGAUAUCGUUUGGUGGAAAGAAAGUCCCGGACACCAGGGGCGGGGAAAUCUGGAUGUAGUACGAUGGAUCGAGGUCUAUGGAUCAAGGUGUGGGGGUUACCUAUUCAACCUAAGCUCAAGUUUUUUGUCUGGGAGCUGCUGCAUCGAAUCCUGCCAACAAUGGAGGCUUUGUUGGAAAAGAAGGUUCUAGUUCUUGCUCGGUGCCCAGAUUGUUGGGCAAGGGAGGAGACUACUGAGCAUCUUUUUCCGGAAUGCCCCGUAGCGCGAGGGCUUUGGGAGGCUGCGGAGUUGGUUGCAGAGCUGGAGAGUCUUCCUACGGGCUGCUUUGAGAUUUUUUUCCGACGGUUUCUACAACGCGAUGCUUCGGUUUCUCGUGUUGUUCGGUUGGUGUGCCUGUUAUGGAGAAUCUGGAAGGGUCGGAACUCGGUGGCUUUUGAGGGGUUACAGAUCCUUCCAUCUAUCCUACGGCAGGAGUUCCUUUUUCAGGUACACGAGUGGUUGCAGGUUCCGCAGGAUGUGAGGAGGGAUGGUGAUGGUCACGCUAGGAUGUCGAGUAUGGUACUGCCUGUUGGCCAGGGGGAUUCGGUGGGAGGAAUUAUAUGUUCCUUUGAUGGAGCAGUCCGUGAGGGGUCCCAUGCAGCAGGUGGAAUGGUUUUGCGCGAUGCAGCGGGUAUGGUGCUGGUAGACAAGGGUGUGAUGUAUAAUGGCCUUUUGAACCCCAUGUUAACAGAGUUAUCCACGUUACGUGAUGCUAUCCGGUGGUGUCGCCAACUUGGGUUUGUGACUAUGAGGAUAGAAGGGGAUGCGAAGGUUGUCAUUGACAAGGUCAACACAAGGAGCAUCGCUGAUGCUGCUGGUGGGGCGAUCUUUGAGGAAAUUCGUCAUCUUCUGUCUGCGCUUCCUGGGUUCCAGAUUAGGUUUGUGGGUAGGCAGAACAAUAGGGUAGCCCAUCUGGUGGCUAAGAAGGCCCUGUCUUUGUUUCCUACGGGUUGUAAUGGUUUUGAUUUUUGUGCUUGACUUCGAUGGGAGCUAGGUCAUAUGUAACUUCGUAUUCUUGUUUAAUGCAAGGGAUCGUUUCGUAAAAAAAAAAAAAAAAAGGAGAUAAAAUUACGAAUUUUAG